CAUGUUCCAUACAACCCAAAGCUUUCUAGACCUUCAACGGUGUUUCCCAACGCCGCCGUGCUGGUAGAGGCUGAUGGAAAUUUUGCUCCCGAACCAACCGAUACGGCAAAUUGCCCGACGCAUCAUCCACCUCGUCCGGUAGGCUGGCCGACAACAGAUGCUCCAGCCAGGCCACUGCGAAAUAUCCCGCAAAAUGCUGGUAAUCCUGGUUCAGAAAGAUCAGGAUUUGAUUUCGGUAUGACGAGGGUUCCCGCGGAGAGGACAAUGGGAUUUGGACCGCAGAUUGCCGGUUUUGACGUCAAUCAACAAAAGGUGGCAGGUAACCAGAACGAUAAAUUACAAGAGCCAGUUCGGUUCAGGCGAUGCAUCUAUUUUGCAGAUACAGACGUAGAAGGCAAAACCGGUCAAAUCCCUGGCAAAAUCUGUCUUCUUACAAGUAGGGAUGCUUAUUAG